UUGCAGGGGUGGCUACGUUCACGGUCCACUAACCCUCUCAAUGGCGUUGGGCGAGGUCGCGUAUUUCAGGCAAAACUCGUUCAUUUGGCCGACAAACUUUACAAUUUACGCGAUAUGGCACGCCAAACACCAGUAGGCUGGGAUCGACGAACAGUUAAGGAGUAUUUCAAGUGGUCUAAAGAGGUAAUCGCUGGCAUGAAGGGGACGAACGAGAACCUCGAAAUGCUGCUCGACGAUCUCAUCAACAAGCAUCUGGCCUAA